GUCAAACACACAAAUUUGUCAAAAUAUUUUCACGAUUUCGAAUGUCUGUCGAAUUGCUGGAAUGGAAAAAGUGCAGAAGUGAAUAUUUUUCGGGUGCCAAUCACUUUGUACUGUAAUCUGGCGGUGGUAGAUUUCCAAAUCCAGUGAACGUGUAACUCGGGCUCUCAGCUCCAGUAGCAUGGCUGAUGAAAGUGCCCAAUCUUCUGGAGAAGACACGGCCUGUGGUAAGCAAAUCCAGCAACAACAGAAGCGAAAAUGUAAAGUGCUUAUCAUCGGUGCCGGGAUGGCCGGGUUGUCUUCAGCGAAUCAUUUGGUGAAAAAUGGUUGCACAGAUUUCGUUAUCCUAGAGGCGAGAAACCGGGUCGGCGGAAGGAUCAUUGGUAUAGAACUUGGCUCGCAGAAGAUUGAACUUGGUGCUAACUGGAUCCACGGCGUACUAGGGAACCCAAUGUUCGAACUUGCCAUGCAGCAUGGCCUGAUCAGUAUCAUAAAUGUACCAAAACCGCACAAAGUAGUUGCUGCUACCGAAGACGGCAAACAGGUGCCUUUUCAGGUUCUGCAGGAAAUAUACGAAGCAUACGUGUGCUUUUUACGUCGAUGUGAGGAAUAUUUUCUCUGCCAGUAUCUGCCCCCUCCGGACGUGCAUAGCGUCGGAGAGCACAUCAAUCUGGAAGCCGCACUGUACUUAAACAACAUUGACGAUCAAAAAGAAAAACAUCUGAGAAAGUUGAUAUUUGAAUGUUUGCUUAAGCGGGAGACUUGCAUUACAGGGUGCCACAGUAUGGACGAGAUUGACCUACUGGAACUGGGUAGUUAUACCGAACUGCAGGGUGGCAAUAUUGUGCUACCCUCCGGAUAUAGUUCCAUUUUGAAACCACUUUGUGAUACUCUUCCGAAAGAGAACAUUAUACUUGCAUGCCCAGUAAAAACGAUCCAUUGGAAGCGAAAAAGUUCCGUCUCUACUAGCAACAACCCAGAUGCUAUCCUCGAAGAGGAUGAAGACGAUAUCGAUUCAGAUGAUUCUGACAAAACGGUCACAGAAGUACCUAUCGAUGGAGCUACCGGGAGUAGCGAUACCAGCACAAACGAUAGCUUAAAGCACUGUACGUCAAACGUACAGGUCGUUUGCGACAAUGGCACUAUCUAUGAAGCGGAUCAUGUGAUCUGCACCAUUCCACUUGGUGUGCUAAAAGAUCAUGGUCAAACCAUGUUUUCGCCUAGUCUACCGCAAUACAAACUAGAGUCCAUCGAUUCGCUACUUUAUGGGACAGUGGAUAAAAUUUUUCUAGAAUAUGAUCGACCGUUUCUUAGUGCUAAAAUCAGUGAAAUCAUGUUUCUUUGGGAACAUGCAGAUCCGGAACCGGACGUCGACGAGGAAGAGUUCAUCAAAGCGAACUGGUUCAAAAAGAUAUAUUCUUUUUCAAAAAUUUCCGACACCUUGCUGCUCGGUUGGAUUUCGGGACGAGAAGCGGCCUACAUGGAGAGUAUCUCGCACGAGAUUAUUGCGGAAAAAUGUACCGAAAUCCUGAGGCGGUUUCUAAAAGAUCCGUUCAUUCCAAAACCAAAGCGAUGCGUUUGUACCAGCUGGGAAAAGCAGCCGUACAGUCGCGGUUCCUACACGGCCAUUGCGGUCGGUGCGUCCCAGGACGAUAUCGAAAACAUUGCGCAGCCACUCUACUCUAGUCCGCAUCAGGCGAAGCCGUCGGUGCUGUUUGCCGGCGAACACACGCACUCUAACUUUUACUCAACGGUACAUGGAGCAUACCUGAGUGGCCGAACGGCGGCGCAGAUCCUGCUGACGCCCGAUUCACCGCAGGAAAUUGUGAUGGAGUCGGACACUAGCGAUCUCAGUUCCUGGAUACAGGGAAUUGCGCUGGAAUAGUAAGAAAAUCGCUUCGCUUUGUUGUCUAAUUCAUUGCAAUUUUAGCAUUUGUUUUGUGUCUCUGAGUUAUCAUCCCAUUGCGUUCCUAGGUUUCGUGAGCAAUUUGGAAGUUUUGUUUUUGUUACAUCAACAUCACAAACGGUGUUCUACUUCACCAGUUCAGGUGUGUUUAUUUGAACUGCACUCGUGUUAUAGUUUUCCUUUUUUUAUUCAAAGGUAGUGACAAAGAAAGCUAGACUGAUAAUUUAGUUUUAACAAAGCAGAAUGGUGUUUGCGCCUCGACUCAAGAAUGUUUUGGUUGCCAAAAAUUCAGAAUACAAAAUUCUACUUAUAUCAAAACUGCUUGGCUCAAGCGAAAGUAUCACACCUGAGCGACCGACCCAAAAGAGUGAUUUUUUUCCGACUGGCAUAACUAGGAAUAAUAACGACAAACAAACCUAGUUGCGUUGAACUAGAACAUAAACACAAAUAACUACGCGCAAACCAUGACUAAUAAUUUAUUCUCUUUUUUUUUUUUUUAUUCUCACGACUAAUAAUUUAGUUGGGUUUAUGAUUGUUCCUCGAAAUACAGUAAUAUCAAUUUAUUUCAUUUUGGAAAUUGUCGAGAGAUACAUUUAUUUAAAAAAGUGAACACAAUUGCAAAUAAAAGAAAGCAAAAUUACGAUUUAUGGGUCGGUAGCAAACUUGUUUCAUUUCAUCUGUGAAGCGCACACCACUUAAACUUUUUCAGUAUCAAAAAAAAGUGUUUGGUACAGUUAUUUGUUCACAUCUGCUAGUUUUGUUGAGUUGCACGCGCCAUUUUUCUACAUGCUUUUAACUCCCACUGAACUCCACCAAUGUUUUAUACUGGUACCCAUUCCUCAAUAUCCUCAAAUCAGCAUUAUUAUAUUAUAUUAUAAUCAAAGUUACGAUAGUUUAUUCUAGUCCACACCUCUUUUUGUGUAAUACACUAAACGAAAUUGUUUAUCUUUCAGUUGACUAGUUUUACAGCUUAGAUCGCCUAGCAUAAAAUGUGCAUUGGAUUGGUUCAUAUUUUUGUGACUAUAAACCGGCAUAACAAAAACAAAGAGCUACCGCUUAUUGCAAGUCAAUCCGAUUUGCAAUUUUUUCAAACCUGAGCUGUUGACUAUAAAUUAUCAUUGAUAUUUUACCAAUUCAAUCAGCGGAUCUAUUUCACUAUUUUUAGGAUAAUACAAUCUACAUCAAAUUUGAGGUUUCACAUUUAAAAUGAAUUUAAGAGUAAAUUUACUCUGUAUAUAAGCUGUAGAAGAGUAACCUAGCAGUAGACAAUUAAAUGAAGCAUCAUGAUCAAGGAAAUCAACAAGUGGUGAUAUUUGCAGCAAAAAAGCAAAGCAAAGCACAGUGUUUCAUUUUGCCGUUUUCGUGCGAUUAAUUAAAUAGCGUUUCAAAUGUUGAUUAUACCCAUAAUGUAUGUUCGGAGAAGUUUCAAGAUAUUCAAAAAUACAUCUUUAAAUGUAGGAAUAUUAGUGAUCAAUCCACCUAAAAAUGAGAUAGAAAAUUUAUUUUUUUAACAGAUUAAAAUAGACGCAUGGUGAAGAAAAAACUCAAUUUUUAGUUAAUCUAUUUCUAACAUUUUCACCAUUUUUUGUAACCUUAUCAAAGCAGGCAUGCAUGUUUAGCUCAGGAUCGUUUGGGGCCACUUUCGAAACUCAAAACUGCCUCAUUUUUAAAUUAUUGUAGACAAAAAUCGGCACCGAAUAGCUUUGAAAAACAGGCGAAAGGCUGCUUACAUACUCUUACAUACCAAAGUGUGUACCUUUAAUUGAAAGUCUAAGGAUAGUUAUUUCAUCGUAUGAAAUCCCCAAAAAUAUCGAAAUAUGUCAAAUAACUUUUUUAUUUUGGGAGAUAAAAAAUAACAAUGUUCAGCAUAAACACGCAUAUUGGGAUGACUGAUAACUUUGUAGAAGGUUUAAAAAUUUGGAAAAAUCUGAGAAAAAAGUUAUAACGAAAAUUGUGAUUUUCAGGACCUCUUCAUAGAAAACUUUAUGUUGCUCGUAACACAUAAGAGAUAGACGCAUAGUGUCUUCGACAAAGUUUAUUGUUUUGAGAUCACCUAAAAUUUUGCCGAAGACACCAUGCGUCUAUCUCAAUCUGAUAAAAAAAUAAAUUUUCUAUCUCACUUUUAGGUGGAUUGAUCACUCAUCUUCUUACAUCUAAAGAUGUAUUUUUCAAUAUCUUGGAACUUCUCCGAACAUACAUUAUGGGUAUAGUCAACAUUUGAAACGCUAUUUAAUUAAUCGCAUGAAAACGGCAAAAUAAAACACUGUGCAAAGCCUUGAUGAUGCUACAUUCUGAUUUGGAAUUCGACCUUCUGUUUUAUUAUACACAGACUUCGCAGCUAACUGUUAAAUGUGUCAGGACAAUUGCACUAACAGUCUCUCUCGAGACUCGAACCUACGACGAAAAGCUUGUUAGGCCAGCAUCGUACCUCGAGAUCUGCUGGGAGGACUAAUUUGCAGCAAUGAGGCCGAAUUUUUGCAUCGAUUGAUAACCAUGGUUGUAACUCAAGGCCAUCACCUUACACUCGAGAUGAUUAAAAUAUCCAAACAACGGACUGAACGGGGGUUACCGCCCUCGAAGGAAAUACAUCCGUUGGCGUUAUCGUAACAUCUGCCUUCAGGGAUGCACGUGGAAAAACAAUCAACAGCGACGGGAAAGCCAAAACACAUGUAUCUCUAAUUUCAUUCCUACCGUACAAUCUGGUGAAACAGUACGGAACGAUCGGAUAACACAUAAUCUAAUUUCCAUUUUCAACAUUUUCUGGCAUCAGAAAUGAGUUCACCACCCCAAAAUUGUAAUAAAACGUAAUUUCCAAUCAUUUAAAAAAAGACUUUUAGGUUUCAUCCGACUUUUGUGUAGAGACCUGCCAUUGUGUGCCGUGGCAUAACGUUGAUUAACGCUCGCGCCACUACGGAUCAUACGACCUGCUUCUAGCAGCAACCGACUGUAACUAUGACGUGAUCAUCAUCACCGAAACUGGAUUUGGAUAACUGUAUUACCUCGCAGCAGCUGUUUGGUACAGGCUUCAAUGUUUUUCGUUGUGAUUGGAGUCUAGAUAAUAGCAGCAAAGUUCGUUUCAAAUUCUGCACUCUACCAUUCUAACAGAUCGUAAACUAAGAGUAAAGAUUGAUGGUUGUGUAUCACGGCCUUUCUCAAAUAAGUCUGGUAUCCCACGAGGCAGUAAUCUCGGACCGCUGCUAUUUAUUCUGUUCUGUUUCAUGACGCUGCUUUAAUACUGGAUCACCGUUGUCUUGAACUGGUGAAUGCCGACGACUUAAAGUUGCAUGCUAUUUUACAAGCGCAGGAUUGUUGGCGUUUAAAAUCCUGUUGUUUGUUGACUAACACCAUCGAACUAAGUCAGGUUAUCAUGUGUCAACCGAUUUUGUUCAAUUAGCACGUUGUAUCGAUGGCAAUUUACUUACAAGAGUUAGUGAAAUGACAGAUUUAGGAAUUUUGUUGGACUCAAAAAUGAACUUUGAUUUACACCGUUCUGGAAUGAUAUCGAAAGUAACACGACAAUUGGGCUUUGUUUCCAAGGUUUCAAAGGACUUUUCUGAUCCAUAUCGUUGGGAAUCAUUGUACUGCGCACUCGUACGCCCAAUUUUGGAUUAUGCGGUAAUUAUAUGGCAUCCCUACCAGAUAACGGACUUAGGAUUGAACGGGCUCAGAAAGGAUUUAUUCGCCUGGCACUAAUGAUCUUAUCCUUGAGAAAUCCUGACAGUUUACCAUCGUAUUCAUUCUCUGGCAGAUUCUUUAUAAAUGUCGGUAGUAUAACGUGCCCACCCAUUCCGUCGUCGUGGACUUCAAGGCAGCUCAUGAUACAGUUGAUCGAGCCUAACUGUGGCAAAUCAUGCACGACUAUAGUUUUCCAGAUAAACUGACAUGACUUUUCAAAGCUUUUUUGGACCGAGUGAUGUGUUACGUGUGCGUGCGGACGCUCGAACGUUCAACGUUCAUAUCUACCGCAUAUUCGGACCACUACCUAGUAACUGUAUGCGGCCGCUCAAAAUUCUCAACGGUGUAUAAUACCGGUCAAAGUCGAACGUUACGACCAACUAUUGAGCAAUAGUAUUAGAUCCGCCAUAGAUAGCACUGCUGUAGCGCUACUAGAUUCAUGGUGGGGAUCAUAGAAACGACUAGCUGCAAACAGUUAGCCGAGGAGAAGGAUGCAGCACGGACGAGAGCAAACAUGAAAAGAUAUCGACGAGCACGGAACAGCCAAAACUCAGGCCUCCGAAGGAAGAAGCAUCAAUAAGAGGACCGAGAUCGCGUAGUGAUGGAAGAGCUGCACCAAGUUAACGCAGCUCGGAAGUUCUACAAGAAGCUGAACAGCUCUCGCAAAUGUUACGUUUCGCAAGCCGAAGUGUGCAGGAGCUUGGCCGGCAACCUCCUUACGGACGAGUGUGAGGUGAUCGAAAGGUGGAAGUAGCACUUCAAUGUGCAUCUUAACGGCGAUGCAGUAGAGCGCAAGGUCGAUAUGGCAAUUGAUCUUCGUGCACGAGUAGAAACCAGCAGGAUUACAGUUCCUGAUCUCCUGAAAAUUGAGGAAUAGAUUAACCGAAAAAUGAAACUCCCAGCAAGCUGUUCAAAUACGGUGUAGAAACACUAGCUAGACCCUGCACUGGGUCAUUGCCUAGAUUUAGGAAAAUAUAUUAAAGGAGUGGAUGUAAGGUAUUGUGUGUCUCAUCUACAAAGUUGGAGUGACGCGUGAUGGAGUCGCCUGAUUAUCACCUUUUGCGAAGCAGUUCAUGGGGCACUUCUAGGCGGGGUACAUGAGUAGUACAUGAGAUACAACACAAUCGAUCAAGACCAGCUAUGGCAGAUUAUUGACGACUACAGAUAUUCUGACAAACUAACGUGAUUGGUCAAACAGACGAUGAAUCGAUGUGUGUAGUUCGAAAAUCGAGGGCGCUCUCGAGCCCUUUCGAAACUCGAAGAGGUUAAGGCAAGGUGAUAGUCUCUCGAACCUACUGUUCAAUAUUGCUCUAGAAAGUGUAAUUUGAAGAUCGGGGAUUAACACGAGCGGCACAACAUUUAAAAAAUCGGUUCAACUGUUUGACUUCGCCGAUGAUAUCCACAUUGUGGCUCGGACCUUUGUGAAGAUGGCGGAUAUGUACAUCGGACUGAAAGCUGAGACCAAACGGAUUGGACUGGUUAUUAAUGCAUCGAAGACAAAGAGCACUUCAAGUUCAAGUUGGAGGUGAUGAAAUGAAGGUGGUCGACGAGCUCGAGUACCUGAAUUCACUGAUAACUGCCGACAACGACACCAGUAGAGAAAUUCGUCGGUGCAUUAUGACAGGAAAUCGCUUUGGUUUCCGGAGGACGCUCAGAUCGAGUAAAACAUGCCUUCGCACCAAGUUGACCAUUUACAGGCGUGGUAAACUACCGCUCUACGGCCACGAGACAUGGACUAUGGUUGUGGAGGACCAACAUGCCUUUGCGGUUUUCGAGCGGAAGGUGUUGCGUACCAUCUUCGGUGAACUGCACCAUCUUCGGUGGAACGAAGAUAAGGCGAAAGAAUCACGAACUGCAGGAGAUGGUUGGAGAACCAGCCAUCGGCUGGGCGUGUCGUAAGGAUAUCAAACCUCAGCACGGUAGAAUAUACCAACCGCGAUGAAGUGUAUAAAAUUCAUAAUUCUACAACUCCACCGGUAGCAUUAACUUGUUAUCCUGUGACUAGAUGUUGUUAGUUUUACUUUGGUGCUAUGUCCCCUCAAUGAAUAUUUUUAACGAAUAUCCUAAAAUAUGCCAAAGAGAAUUUUGAGAAACUUCUCCAAAGACAUCUACAUGCUAAACUAUUGUCUGAACAUUGGCUCGGGGACCAGUCGCCCUGAAAAGAACAAGAAUUUGUGGACUGGCAUGAGAAAACAUACGAUUAAGGUGCCGCCACACGAACGCUUAUUCCCUUAGUUUCUAAGUCAUAGUUGAUUGAAAAAAGCAUUUUUUUUUCAUCAUAACGCGGGAUUGUACUGUCAAAAGCUAUAACAUAGAGACCCUGAACUACUCCGUCAUGCCCGAAUAGUUCAUAGCCUACUAUUCAGUGAUGAAAAAAUGCUUUCUACAAUCAACUAAGACUUAUGUCGAAUUCGUUUUUACGGCAGGACUAUCCCGUCCCGGACUACGCUUUGCAGCUGAAAAAAAAACACUUUCCGAGCAGUUGCAAUGGUGUGCGUAAUACCAGAGGUAACUGUCACUUUUGUUUUGAUCAUUAUCGCCAUUGUCUUUUAUCGCAUUUGUGCUACAAAAAAUUUGCCAAUUUACUGAAAAAUGACAAAAUAACAAAAUAAAAUAAAUAAAAUUCAACCUGAUGUUCGACACGCGAAGAACGAUAAUCAAAGCAAACCGAUUUUGACACAUUUUAUUUUUAAUUUUGACACAUACGUGUGAAUGUGUUGGUGUCUUCAAAACUGCACUCUGUUUCUGGCGCGGACUGUCCAGGACAGAAAAAGGGUAGUCCGGGAUAGUCCGGAAAAUGUAAAAAAACAGUGAUAGGACAAAGUGUAGUCCGCGGGGUACCUACACCGCAAAAACGAAAACGAAUUUAGAAACAAAGGGAAUUAGCGUCCGUGUGGCGGCACCUUUAGAGUUCAAAAUGCCGUUUUCGAAAUUGAACGAACUAUUUUUACGCUACCAGUCCACUUUUGAUCGAUAUGUAAAAUUAGGGUGGUUGGAUCCAGAUAUUCGAUUUCCGUUUUCAUAUUAAAAAAAAAAGUUGGAGUAUCUGAGAAGUGACCGUAUUAUUGGCGUAGGACUACGCAAACUGUUAUUUAUUAGCUCCGCUGAAAAUUGUUCAAAUAAGCACAAGAAAAGUAUAGCUUUUCAAAUAACCUGCUUAAUAAAAAUAAAACCUAAUGCAUCUUCCUAAAAUAAAUUAUUGAUCGCCGUCGUCAACUACACUUGAAAAUAAAUCUGGUGUCUAACGUGGCGCUUAUUUUCAUAACAACGAGCUUUUCAUUAUAGAGUGGUAAAAAACUGUUGAAUUACUUAAAUCCCUCUCUAUUCUUGAAGGCGCUGAAAAGCACCAUUCGUAUUUCACAGUGUUAAAAGGCAGUGAUUGUUUUUUUCUUUGGUUCAAACAAUGCUUGUUACUAACCAACUCAUAAACACCGUAUAACAAAGGUUCGGUUUGAAACCUGUACCUUCACCAGAUUGUGUUCGUAAAAUGUAUGGAUCCAUAAAUAAAUUCUCAAAAGUUAUAUGAAUCAACGCGAUCGUCACUGUGAACCAAUCCAAUGCGCAUGCAUUUAUAUCCUGUAACUGCAAAAAAAAAAACCUAGACCCAAGAUAGAACGUAAGAAGGCUUAAAAUAUGUGGACUGUGCAAUGGUACACUGUAACUUACACCGCCACCGCUGUAUAGCUGAACGAAACUUUCGCAAACUAGUCACCGGGUUGUUCCGGUGUAGGACUGUAGGAAUUUCGAAUAGAAGAUAUCUAGCUCGUUAAAUCAAAGAUUACCGAUUUGUUGACACAUUGAAACUGUACAUGAAUAGAUAAUGACUGACUGAGCAGGACCGCGAAAAAUAAUAUCCAUUGGCAGACACAAAAAUAUUUUGCUAAUACAAACAAAUCAAAUCUAACCAAAUGUUAA